GAAACGUAGAAAAAGAAGAAAACGUUAUAUUUGGCGGAAAGUCUGAAAACUUGCUCGUCUUACCAACUAAGUUUAUUCACAUUUCUGAAAACAAGAAGCCUGAAAAAUGUCCUUGAGUGGACAACUAUGGAAGAUGGUAAAUUCAACUUCCCCAAAUGCGGCGGCCACUGUGGGGAACAUCGCUUACUGCUACGUGCUGCCGUGUAUCUGUGCUAUAGGUAUUGUUGGAAAUAUCACAAAUUUGAUGGUUCUUGCAUCAAGGAGAUUACGAGCCGUAUCAUACAUGUAUCUGAGAGCACUAGCCGUCGCCGACUUGCUAUGUAUGCUCUUUGUGCUAGUGUUCGUUUCAACUGAAUAUCUAGCUAAAAACGGUUCUUCGAUUAAUCAAUACAAACUGUACCAAAUUUAUCAGUGCCACCUGAUGCUCACACUUAUCAAUUGGGCUCUUGGAGCUGGAGUUUAUGUGGUUGUUGCAUUGUCGUUAGAAAGAUACAUUUCGAUUGUUUUCCCAAUGCACUUCCGUACUUGGAACAGUCCGCAAAGAGCCACUCGGGCAAUUGUGAUUGCAUUUCUCAUUCCUGCAAUUUUCUAUGUACCGUAUGCGAUUACAAGGUAUAAAGGAAAACAACGAUUUGAUCUUUUACAAAACGUGACAAUAUACUCAAUGGAUGAUCAUCCAAUUUAUACCACAUUUUAUUGGCAGAUUUAUAAAUGGACUAGGGAAGCUAUUUUAAGAUUUCUACCAAUUAUUAUUUUAACUGUGUUGAAUAUUCAAAUUAUGAUAGCCUUCCGCAAAAGGCAAAAGAUGUUCCAACAAUUGACCAAUAAACGCAAGGAGCAAGGCACUCAAAAGGACGAUACGUUGAUGUACAUGCUAGGAGGAACUGUAUUGAUGUCACUUGUCUGUAAUAUUCCUGCUGCUAUUAACUUGUUGCUAAUUGACGAGACUCUGAAAAAGCGGCUCGACUAUCAAAUUUUCCGCGCCGUGGCCAACAUUUUAGAAAUAACAAAUCAUGCGUCUCAGUUCUACGUGUUCUGCGCAUGCUCCACAGACUACCGUACAACAUUUCUUCAAAAGUUUCCAUGCUUCAAAACAGACUACGCGAACCGCGACAGACUCCGUUCGUUUGUUCGACGAACGCAGUCUGUGAUACAAAAGCAAGGAAGCGUGGAGCACACGACCAACUCAAAGGUUUGGAUUAUGUUUAAGAACAAGUUUCAACGUGACUCCCUCUCCCAUCAUUCCCGAAAAUUUUCUCGUCACAUGCCAAUUGAACAGGAUACUGUGGACAUUCAGCUGGCAUCCGGAGAACAGAGUACCAGUGGAGAAAUGUGUGAAGCCGACACCCUUAUCAAGUAUGGUGGAACGGCUCAGUUAUGCAAUGAUGAGAAUAAUACCACAUUUUUGUGAUGAUAGCUUAUCACCAUUUCACUUGAUCACUUUCCACGCAUUAACCUUGUUUGGAAUGAAUAUACUGAAAAAUUGACUGAUUGCCCACCCCGAAUAGUACGUGUAAUAUUUUUUUUAUUUUUCACUAUUUGCACUUUACACCACCGCCACUUGUCUUCUGGGUAUAUGCUGCACCCCACACUGUUUUCAACAAAGCUUUAUCACUUCCUUUAAUUUCUAGGUGGAAGAACUGUCACCUUUUGCUUUGUAGAAAUGUUUUUUUUUUCCUUCCUGCUACUAUGGAUCUCGCUUGUAAUAACAAUGAAUCAAUUUAUUAUGU